UGAUCUCAUAGUGUUUGUAUUAGAGGUAGAAUUUUGUCCUGAGAAACGCGUUAUUUUUUGAUUAUGUGAAACAUUUUUUUUAUUUUAUUUUAAGAUGUGGAUUUAUUAAAUGUGAUAAAUUCUUAGCCAAUCCUCCUCCCCUCAGUUUCUUAAGAUAUUAAGUGGGAGUCUCUAUAAGUAGACACUUAUAACUAGUUCUCCUUUUACUUAUAUAGAUAUUUGAGGCAGUUAGUUUCAAAUGCCUCACGUGAAUAUGCUACAUUGUAAGCCCUGAUGUACAACUCGGAGUGUUUACUGCGAUGGAGAGACGAUGGAGAUUCUUAGGUAUUUAACAAGGUCUAAGAGCAUGGUCAUGGGGGAGCUCUCCCGAGGACCAAGCAGGCCAUCGUCCCCCAGUCUCCAAGACAGGCCAUUGAAAGCGGGCUGGCUUAAGAAACAACGCAACAUCAUGAAGAACUGGCAGCUGCGCUGGUUCGUGCUUCGAACUGACCACCUUUAUUUCUACAAAGAUGAGGAGGAAACCAAACCACAGGGAUGUAUCCCAUUGCAGGGUAGUCAAGUCAACGAGCUGACAGCCAAUCCUGAUGAACCUGGGCGGAAUCUUUUUGAAAUAGUUCCAGGCUGUACAGCAGAGAAGGACAGAUCGGCUCUCAGCCAUGAGGCUUUUCUGCUCAUGGCAAACUCCCAGAAUGACAUGGAGGAUUGGGUCAAAGCCAUUAGACGUGUCAUCUGGGCUCCCUUUGGAGGAGGUAUCUUUGGCCAGCACCUGGAGGACACAGUACAGUCUGAGAGAAAGUUUGGACCCCGACUGGCCCCUCUGCUGGUGGAGCAGUGUGUGGAUUUCAUACGGGAGCAGGGUCUGAAAGAGGAAGGUCUCUUUAGGAUGCCAGGGCAGGCCAACCUGGUCAAAGAACUCCAGGAUGCUUUCGACUGUGGGGAUAAGCCUCUGUUUGACAGUAACACUGACAUUCACACAGUGGCGUCCCUCCUGAAGCUCUACCUCAGGGAGCUGCCGGAGCCUGUGAUCCCCUUUAACAAAUAUGAAGACUUUCUAACCUGUGCACAGCUUCUGCUAAAAGAUGACGAAGUGGGUCUCAGUGAGCUUGUGAACCAAGUAAACACUCUUCCUCAGGCUAAUUAUAAUUUGUUAAAGUACAUUUGCAAAUUCUUAGAUGAGGUGCAGUCACAUUCGAAUGAGAACAAGAUGAGCGUUCAGAACCUUGCAACAGUUUUUGGACCAAAUAUCCUUCGGCCUAAAGUAGAGGACCCUGUUUCAAUGAUGGAAGGAACUUCCCAGGUUCAGCACCUGAUGACGGUGUUGAUCAGUGAACAUGAGCGUCUGUAUGUGGGGACUGAGGGAGAUGCAUCUUCUGAGCAAACCAGAAGUUGUCUUCAGGGUCAGCGAGGCAUGGCAGAGUGGAUCUCCGAUGAGGAGCUGCUGAACUGCUCAUCGCCGAGCCAGACGUCCAAAGUGGCAGAGAGUGUGUAUGGCAGUGCCACGUCUUUAGAUAUGAAUACAGGUGCUCCUACCACUGCCAAAAUGACACCUCAGGGAAAAGCUGGGGUGACAGUCAGCCCCAGCAAACAGGCUAAAUCCCUCCCCUCUUGGAAAUACUCCUUCAAGAGUGGAGGGGUACGCGCUCAACCUGUUAAAUUUGGGGGCUCGUCUGUGGAUGUGUCCACCUUGCCCAGUACAGGCAACUGGUUGAUGAACGGGCUUUCCUCUCUGCGCAGCCACCGGCGUACAUCAUCAGGAGAGCGCAUGGGCAAGGAUUCAGUCCUGUCGCACCGUCUAUCCACUUACGACAACGUGUCCUCAUCGAGUCUCAGUGUACCCAGUGUAGCAAGCACGCCCUGGUCCACGUCCUCUUGUGAGAUCUUAGUGGACGACUCUGUGGGUAGUGACCCCUCUGAAAAAGUGGAUUGGUCAAUUGGAGGCUCUGUCCAAGGUCAAAGUGGGGACAGGAGUUCGGGGGUCACUAAGAGCAGCAAAGUACUUGAAAUGUGUGUGAGCAGUGCAGGCUGUAGUGAGAAUGGAAGUGGAGAAGACGCGGUGAACGUUACAGGAGAUACUGACAUUAGCAAGACAACACUUAACAGUCUGGUAACUGAGCUGAAAGACGAGUUAAAGAAACAGAAGGUCAACUACGAAUCACAGAUACGAAGGCUAGAGGAAUCAAGUGUCACUAUGCAUAACCAAAUCGAGAGGCUAGAAGAGGAGUUGGACCAGGGGAAGAAAAAGUAUUGCAUGUUGGAAAUUAAACUCCGCAACUCUGAGCGAGCCCGUGAGGACGCAGAGACCCGCAACCACUUGCUUCAGAACGAGAUGGAGGAGUUCUUCUCCACUUUGGGAGAUCUGACAUUGGGAACCAGGACAAGCUAAAUUUGACUGGCCCUCUUACAGGCCUCCUGAUUUAACACUGAGAGAAUAUGUGUUUGUUCGAAAAACCUCUCUGCUCAUGCAUCAUGAGUAUUCAGAGGUAAUUUUGUGCUGUUUUGUUACAGCGACUUGAUCAUGUGUAGCGGUUACACUUUUCUCCCUGAUCUUCAGUCUUGCAUUUUAAAGGGAUAGUUCACACAAAAAUACAAAUUCACUGGUUAUUUACUCACCCUCAUAUCGUUCCAAACCAAUAUGCUGUUUUUCUGCAGAGAACAAAGGGAUCAUUUUUGAAAAAUCUUCACAAGUAGUGCACAUUUUGUGUGAAGAACACCUUAAUGUCAAACUUGCCACUUCUUCUUUGUAAAUAAUAACAAUAUUUUCAUUUUCAGGUGAACUAUUCCUUUAGGAUGCCAUUCAGUUUCCAUUAGCUUGCAUUUCCAGUCACUUGCAUAACCUAACAUGCACAGACAAUACCAAAGCAUGACAUUUCUGACCAGACUGUCUCACAAAGGCAGGUCAUUUUAAUGGCAUUUCCUGUUAAUGCAUGGCAUGAAAGAUGUCCUGCUGAACUGUCUCUUGGGGUUUUGGUGAAAUUAUCACACAAUCCUUUUUCAGUCAAACUCUUCAUCAUUUAAAACCAGUCACCAUAUAGAAUUUGCAUCCCGUCACACUGUGCCUCACACUUCCAACUGUUCAGUCAUCAGACCUCACAGACCAAACUCUCUUCAGCAAAUCCCUUUAUUGUAAGUAAAUUGCACUAGAAUAAAAUACCUUUUUUGGUUUAGGUGAGGUAAUACCAUCCAAACUGUCUUAUUGUACAACUUUUCAUAGACACUGUACAACUGUCCAAUUGUACAACUGUUAAAAUCUCAACUAUAUUGAAGGAUUAUUUCAGCUGCAAGAUUGCCAAGGCUAGUAUUUAUUUAAGCUUCCUCAGGUUGUUUUUUUAAAACACUCAAUGAAUGAGUGUCUUUAUAUAAAAUAGAUGAUGGAACUAAGGCUGACAUAUACUUGAAUGUGUUAAAGUAUUUUGUUUUUAAAGUAUGCACAUACUGUAUGUUCAUGUUGUCAUUUUUUUUUUCUGUUUUGAUUCCUGAAUGCAGAAAGUGCCAAAGUAGAGGACUUUAAAAAUGGGUGUUUCAUUUCAAACGACAACAUAAUAAAUUGUUAUAAUGCAUCAAGAAAAGUCUGAAGUAAGAAAAUGAGUGAUAUAAAAACGGAAUCAUAA